GAAAGCGAAAGCCCAAUCCAAUAUCAUACUAUUGAGGAUGCCGGCAAGGAAGUAGAUAUUGUGGAACAAAAAUCGACCGCCUGAGCUUCCCUCCGACGAUGUCGUUGCCGGAGAGCGUAGCACUGCAAUCUUUUGAGCGAAUUUCUUCAACUUAUGCUUCUGUUUCUCGCUCCUUCUCCCGCGUAGUUCCUUCGAGACCUUUGAUAAUUUCGACGAGUGUAAUGACUCGGAAGAUGAAGGUGAGAAAUGGAGGUGCUCUGAGCUUGUGCUGCUUGGAUUCAAAUCAUUCUGCUCCUUUGCCGUCCACGACUGCGACGAGCACGAGCUCUGCUCCUCCGGUUUUAAAGAGGAAGAAGAGGUACAGGAAGGAGUAUCCUGGAGAGAGCAAAGGCAUUACUGAGGAGUUGAGGUUCGUUGCCAUGAGGCUUCGGAAUGUUAAUGGUAAAAAGUUGUCCGGUGAUGCUGAUUCAUUCAGCGAAGAUGAAGUAGAGGAGAGAGAUGACGGAAAUUUGAUGUUGAGUGACAAUGGCAAUGAUGAGAACGGAGAUGGAGUAGAGAGUUGGCAACCAAGCUUGGAUGGAUUUCUUAAAUACUUGGUUGAUAGUAAGCUCGUCUUCAGCACUGUAGAGCAAAUCGUUGAUGAAUCCAGCGACGUUGCUUAUAGUUACUUCAGAAAAUCAGGAUUGGAACGUUCAGAAUGUCUUGCCAAGGAUUUAGAGUGGUUCAGCGAACAGGGUAUUGUGGUACCCACACCGAGCAAUCCAGGGGUUUCUUAUGCUAAGUAUCUCGAGGAACUUGCUGAGAGGAGUGCCCCUUUGUUCCUUUGCCAUUACUAUAAUAUAUACUUUUCACAUAUAGCAGGUGGGCAAGUGAUAGCAGGACAGGUUUCGGAGAGACUCCUUGAAGGAAGGAAGCUUGAAUUUUAUACAUGGGCAGGGGAUGCAGAAGAUUUGCUGAAAAAUGUCCGUGAGAAGCUUAACAUGCUUGGAGAGCACUGGUCUCGGGAUGCGAAAAAUAAAUGCUUGAGAGAAGCAACCAAGUCAUUCCGCUUCUUGGGACAGAUAGUUCGUUUGAUUAUCUUAUGACCAGCUAUUUAGAGUGCUACAAUUUUGAAGGUGUUCCUGGUAAUGGAGCUUUUUUCUGAAAGGGUAGGAGUUGAAAAUUCUCAGAAAAUGGCUCUCUCUUUCAAUCAGUCAAAGUUGCAAUGAACCUACAGAGCAGCCCCCAUUCAAAGGCUUUGAUUCUCUAAUUGGUAAUGAGAAAAAUCAGUGAUUUUGGAGAGUGGAGGCUGCAGGCAUAGGGCCACUGACCUUCCCCAACUUGAGGAGCUAACCCCAUUAUUUUCAACAUUCCAUCAAAUGCCAUCAGGUACACAUUCUAAAGUACUUGGGAGAACCAUUGGAUUCAUUUGACUUGGCUUUUGGUGGGGUUUAAAGCUUUCUACACCUUUCUUUUUAUCUUCUCUCUCUCUAUAUAUAUAUAUAAUUUUUUUUCUA